AUAGAAAAAAUCAAAAUUUCAUUAAAUUUUAAUAUUUUAUUUUUCUAAUUAAAAUGAAUAAUAUUGGUUCUAUUUUUAAACUUAUUAUUCUAUCAUGUUACGUAUAAUAAAUUUGCAAGAAUUGUAUUAGUUUUCACAAUUUAAAUAUUCUAGUAACCUAUGCUUAUAAAUUGGAACUUAUGAAAUUUGUUAAUAGUUUUAAUUGUAUAAAAAGAAGUAUGUCUUUAUUUAAACUUCUUCUUUGGGAAAAUACAAUGUUUGUUAAUUCUGUACUUCCACCUGGUGAAUUAGAAAAAAAAUUCAUGAUAGCAGUUUUGAUAACAUAUAAAAAUAAAACUAAACAAUUGAAUAUGUGUCGUAGUCCAGAUGACACUGUAGAUACUUUUUUACAAAGAUUUGCACUUAAAAUACAACGAAUAAAUAGUAAAAAGGGUAUUCAAGAACCAAUGUUAGAUUUAAUAUCUUUAAAAGUCAAUGGACAAAAAGUUCCUAAGGAUACAAAAUGUGGUGAAAUAUUUGAUAACAAAAAUGUGAACAUUUCUUUGCAAAUUAAUAAUCAUUUUUUGUCUGUUAUGAUCAAUGCUCCAAUUAUAAAUAAUCUAGUACUAGGUAAACCUCCAUACAAAGGUUUAAUGUUAUAUCCCUGUGGAUUUGAUAAAGGAUAUAAUGUGUCUAUUUUGAAUAGUAAAUACACAUGGUAUAGAAUGAAAUCAAAAGAAUUUAUUGAGGUUGGAAAUGAAAUUGCAUACACACCAUCUUCUAGUGAUAUAAAUUGCAAAUUAAAACUGUUAUGUGAACCAUGCAAUCUAGAAGGUCAACUUGGCCCAUCAGUUGAGGUAUUAUCUUUAGAAGUUCAAGAUAAUUUGAUAGACAUUUAUCCAUUUGAAAAAAGACUAAUUAAGAAGCCAAAAAACAGUUUUCGUAUCAUUUCAUAUAAUAUAUUAGCUGGUGAUUAUACUAAAACUAAGGAAGCUAAAAAUGAAAUGUAUCCAUAUUGUCCAGCUCAUAUAUUAGCUUCAAGUUACCGAAACCCUCUUCUAGUAAAAGAACUACAAGCAUAUAAAGCAGAUAUAUUGUGCCUGCAAGAAGUUGAAGUAAAAUUAUUCAAUAGAGAAUUAGACCCAUUAUUGAAAAAUUUCUUAAAUUUAAAUGGGGUACAUUGUAAAAAAGAUGGAAAUAGGAAUGAAGGACUUAGUUGUUUUUAUUCAGCUGACAAAUUUGAAUUGUUGGACCAAUUCUGUAUUAAAUUAAAUGACCGCCCCACCAUUGAAAUGUAUUGUGGACCAUUUAUAAAUGCUAUUUAUGAAGAUAAUAUAUGGAAACAAGGACUUGAAAAAAAAACAGUUUUACAAGUUUUACUUCUGAGGAAAAUAUUAGAAAAUAAACUUCUUUUAGUUUGUAAUACUCAUCUGAUAUCAGAUGCUGAUAGCGAUUGUGUACGUUUGCUACAAGCAUUGGUAGAAUUAACUAUUAUUACAAAAUUAAAAAAAACUUUUGAAAAUCAAUAUCCAGAACAAAAAUUGUCUGUUAUAUUUUGUGGAGAUUUUAAUAGUACACCAGAAAGUGGAGUUUUUGAUUUAGUUACUAAUUUAUUCUUACCAUUUGAGUAUAGAGAUUUGAAUCAUUUAAACAAUUUAAAGAAUGUUGUUGAUUUUACUAUGUCAAGUGCUUAUAGUACUAAUGUACCAUAUAGUAAUUUUACACAAACGUUUUCUGGGUUAUUGGAUUAUAUUUAUUUUACAAAUGAACAUUUAGAUGUAAUUCAGACAUUGUCUAUGCCUUUGCAUGAAGAAGUUAUUGAAGAAGGUGGCCUACCAAGUGCUAAAUUUCCAUCUGAUCACUUAGCUUUAAUUGCAGAUUUCAAAAUGAAAUAAGUUAAUACAUUUUAAAUGUUAAUGUAGAAAUAUCUUAUUGUUGAAUUUAUGAACUGUUAUAAUUCUUAAAACCAAAUAAUCUGAUUCUGAGUCUAAUGUUAAAGCCCUUAAUUUUACUACUCUACAACUUAUAAAAAUUAUUUACUCA